GAGCGCUUAUCUUAUGUUUUGCGGUAAGAGAAAUACUUUUUUACGACUGCUGCAGUGUGGUUCGAGAUCGAAAAGGAAGUACACGUAGCCAUCAUGUCGGUCGCCCAAGCUUUCGAGUCCAGCAAAAUCGUCCCUGACGUCAUCCCGACGGCUCCCACAGGCAAAAUUGAUCUGAAAUACCCCAGCGGAGUGGAGGCUACGCUCGGCAAUGAACUGGCGCCCACCAAGGUGAAGGACCAGCCCUCCGUCUACUAUGACGCUGAUCCUCAGGGCUACUAUACCUUGGUGUUCACUGACCCCGACAACUACGACGGCCCCGAGCUAGUAUACCGCGAGUGGCACCACUGGUUGGUGGGCAACAUCCCCGGCAACAAGAUAGCCGAGGGCGAAGUCCUAUCCGGUUACAUCGGCUCCGGCCCUCCAGAAGGCACCGGCAUCCACAGAUACGUGUACAUUCUGUACAAGCAGCCGGGCAAGCUGAACUUUGAUGAGAAGAGGCUGACCAACAAAUCCAUCGACGGCCGCGCAGCAUUCUCCACGAAGAUGUUCGCAGAGAAAUACAACCUCGGGGCCCCAGUGGCUGGUAACUUCUACCGCGCUCAGUUUGACGACUACGUACCACUGCUAUACAAGAGCUUGGGGGUUUAGAUGUUAUGAUUAUAUUUAUAUUUGUAAUUAAAGGUGUUGAAGUUU